UAGCCCGGCCCGCGGGCGCGGGGGUGUGAGUGUGCCAGAGAGUGAGUGUGUGUGCGUGUGUGUGUGCGCGCGUGUGUGUGCCGCACCUGCCGGGCGAUGCCAGCGGCCGGGCUGCCCGCCGGGGCUGCGCCGCGGCUCGCUCCCCCCGCCGCCGGCCGCCGCCGCUGCCUGCGCUGGGCAUGUCUCUGGGGCCGGCGGGGCCCCGGCUCCCUCCGCUCCUCGGCUUAUGGACGGCGGCAGCGGCAGCAGCAGCGCUAGCAAUCGAGCGAGCGAGCGAGCAAGCAAGCAAGCAACCUGCACCAGGACUGCGCGGAGGAGUGGGAGUCCGCAAUGCUUUGGCCUCAGUACUUUUCCUUAGCCUCUCGGGCUAACCAGGGCCAUUGCUGCCGCCGCUGCUGCUGCUGCUAGACACACAACACACACCAACAUCAGGAGGGGGAAAAGUAAGGGAGAGAGGAGAAAAAAAAAAAAAAUCCCAGGAAGAUGGCGCCCACCAAGCCAAGCUUUCAGCAGGAUCCUUCCAGGCGAGAACGUUUACAAGCCUUGAGGAAGGAAAAGUCCCGAGAUGCUGCUCGCUCUCGUCGGGGAAAGGAGAAUUUUGAAUUCUAUGAGUUGGCAAAGUUGUUGCCGCUGCCUGCAGCCAUUACCAGCCAGCUUGACAAGGCAUCCAUCAUUCGACUUACAAUUAGCUAUCUGAAAAUGAGGGACUUUGCGAAUCAGGGCGAUCCUCCGUGGAACUUGAGAAUGGAAGGACCUCCACCUAACACAUCAGUAAAAGUUAUAGGUGCCCAGCGCAGGAGGAGUCCCAGUGCCCUUGCCAUUGAAGUAUUUGAAUCGCAUUUGGGAAGUCACAUUUUGCAGUCCCUGGAUGGAUUUGUAUUUGCACUAAAUCAAGAAGGAAAAUUUUUAUACAUUUCAGAAACUGUCUCCAUCUAUUUAGGCCUGUCCCAAGUGGAACUGACAGGCAGCAGUGUGUUUGACUACGUCCACCCAGGAGACCAUGUGGAGAUGGCAGAGCAGCUGGGCAUGAAGCUUCCCCCGGGGCGAGGCCUUCUCUCGCAGGGUACAGCAGAGGAUGGAGCCAGCUCAGCAUCCUCAUCUUCCCAGUCCGAGACCCCUGAGCCAGUGGAAUCUACAAGCCCCAGUUUACUAACCACUGACAACACUCUGGAGCGGUCUUUCUUCAUCCGAAUGAAAUCUACACUGACCAAGCGAGGAGUGCACAUCAAAUCGUCAGGAUACAAGGUGAUUCAUAUAACAGGCCGGUUACGUCUGAGAGUGUCACUGUCCCACGGACGGACAGUACCCAGCCAAAUCAUGGGACUUGUUGUCGUUGCUCAUGCUUUGCCACCUCCUACAAUUAAUGAAGUCAGGAUUGACUGCCACAUGUUUGUCACUCGCGUGAAUAUGGACCUCAAUAUCAUUUACUGUGAAAAUAGGAUUAGUGAUUACAUGGAUCUGACCCCUGUAGAUAUUGUAGGAAAGAGAUGUUACCACUUUAUUCAUGCUGAAGAUGUGGAAGGCAUCAGACAUAGUCACUUAGACUUGCUGAAUAAGGGUCAAUGUGUAACAAAGUAUUACCGCUGGAUGCAGAAGAACGGAGGUUACAUCUGGAUACAGUCUAGUGCGACCAUAGCUGUCAAUGCCAAGAAUGCAAGUGAGAAGAACAUCAUCUGGGUCAAUUACCUUCUUAGUAACCCAGAGUACAAGGACACUCCAAUGGAUAUUGCACAACUUCCUCAUCUGCCGGAGAAAACCUCAGAAUCCUCGGAGACCUCUGACUCUGAGUCAGACUCAAAGGACAACUCAGAGGACAAUGAGAACUCAAAGUCUGAUGAGAAAGGAAACCAGUCAGAAAACAGUGAAGACCCUGAAUCUGACAGGAAAAAGUCAGGAAAUCAGUCGGAUAAUGAAAUGAACUGUAAUGAUGAUGGGAACAGCUCCAGCAACCAGGACAGCAGGGACAGUGAUGAUAGCUUUGAAAACUCUGACUUCGAGAAUCAGAAGGCCCCUGAGGACAGUUUUGGCACUCUUGGCUCUAUGCAGAUCAAGGUGGAGCGCUACGUUGAGAGUGAGUCAGACUUGCGGUUGCAGAACUGCGAAUCGCUGACCUCAGACAGUGCCAAGGACUCAGACAGUGCAGGAGAAGUAAAUGCUCAGUCUUCCAGCAAACAUCAAAAGAGGAAGAAGAGGAGAAAAAAGCAAAAGGGAGGCAGCAUGAUCCGGAGAAGGCUGUCAAGCACCUCGAGUCCAAACGGGCUUGACUCAGCUUUGGUGGACCAGCCGCAGCUGCUCUCGUCACCAAACAGUGCCUCAGUGCUCAAAAUUAAAACAGAAAUCUCAGAACCUAUCAAUUUUGAUAACGAUAGCAGUAUUUGGAAUUACCCACCUAACAGGGAAAUCUCAAGGAAUGAAUCACCUUACAGUAUGACCAAGCCCCCCAGCUCCGAGCACUUCCCUUCCCCACAAGCCAGCAGUAGUUUACAUGUCUCCAUUCCAGACUCUGUUCUCACCCCGCCAGGGACUGAAAAUACUGCCAGCCGCAAGACUCAGUUCAGCACCUCAUCCAGCUCAGCCUUGGCUCCUGUCUCCUCUGACCCUUUGUCACCCCCGCUUUCAGCAUCUCCACGGGACAAACAUCCAGGAGGUCCCACAGCUUCCAACUCUUUGUUGUACACUGGGGACCUGGAAGCCCUUCAGAGGUUACAAGCAGGCAAUGUGGUGCUUCCUUUGGUUCACAGGGUAACAGGAACCCUUGCUGCGACCAGCACUGCUGCUCAGAGGGUCUACACCACUGGCACUAUUCGGUAUGCUCCAGCUGAAGUUACUUUAGCCAUGCAGGGCAACCUUCUUCCCAACACCCACGCUGUUAACUUUGUUGAUGUUAACAGCCCCAGCUUUGGGCUGGAUCCUAAAACACCGAUGGAAAUGCUCUACCACCACGUUCACCGACUCAACAUGUCGGGACCCUUUGGAAGUGCUGUGAGCGGGGCCAGCCUGACCCAAAUGCCUGCAGGGAAUGUGUUCACGACUGCCGAAGGACUGUUUUCCACUCUUCCAUUUCCUGUGUACAGCAAUGGCAUUCACACUACACAGACUCUGGAACGGAAAGAGGAUUGAAAUAUGACCACAUACUGUGUUCAGUGUUAUACUCUGAGGCAUAGACUAUGUUUUAAUUUAGACCUUUAAUUCUAGCACUUUGAAUUUGAGCAGGUCAGCUUAUUCUCUCAAAUAUGAUGGUCCCCAUUUCAUCCCCUUUCUCUUUAACUUGACUUAUUCUUUAAUGUAAAGAUAUUUUUUUAUUUUUGCCUUCAGAGAGUCGAAGUACCAGUUGCCUGCCAUUUUGUCUUCUUCUAAGAUGUGUGUUUUUUCCUUUGCAUCUUUAUUAAGAUGCCUUUAAUAUGUGUAUGCCUCUGCCAUAGAAUACUCAGUGUUGUGGUAAAGAGAUUUUAAAGUGACAACCAUUGGUUUUACUUCAAAAUGAUCUUGAUAUGAUCAAGAUUAAAAGAGACAAGCAUAAACAAUGUGCCCUGUUUGACUAAGUCAAAUGAAAAGGGGUUUUUUUGUUCCUAAUUCCUUUAAAUAGGGGAUAGUAUUUUAGAAUUUUAUGCAGAGUUUAAUUCUCUUUUUAUGGUUAAAAUUUUCUUACUUGCACAUAAAAUAAUUUGGGUUCUUAAAAAGUUAAUUUCUGGCCUGUGACUAGAAUGUUAAAAAA